AAGAGGUAAUGCAUACUUGAACAGCUGUGGCAACCUUUAACAGGGAUGGGAAAUUGAAAGCACCGGCGUAAUUUCACAACUUGUAUGCAGUGGACUACCGCCUCGCAAACAAAAACAUUGUUUUAAACCAAUAAACAAAUGGCUUACAACAAGGAAUAUAUGAUAUUGAUUUUGGAUGUUCGACGCACAGCCUCGGAAGAGUUUAAGGAAAAAGCCACCAAGUGUUGUGCGAAUAUAAUUAAACGGAAGAUUUGUACCGGCAAAAAGGAUUAUCUAUCCUUUGUGCUGGUGGGUACUGAUCGUACCUAUAACGAUAUCAAUACCAACGAUUGUGAAGAUGACUAUUUAAAUGUUGUCCAGUAUACGGGAGAGCUACAAAUACCCACAUGGAAAUUGCUAAUGAAUUUCUAUCAAUUUGUCAAUGAAACGCCAUCGGAGAAUGGCGAAUGGUUGGAUGCGUUAGCUGUGGCCUAUGCUUUAUUGAAGAAGGGCAAGGAACAUGCCAAAAUACAGCGUUCACGUUUGAUUUUGUUCUAUGAUUUCAAUGAUGAAUACAAUUCGUACAAGUACUUUAGCGAAAUAACCGAAACGUUGCUGAGUAAUCAGGUGGAAUUGAUUGUUGUAUCUCCCGAUAUAUGCUAUAUUGAUAAUCCCGCCAACGAUUAUCUGCCACAAGCCAUUUUUGAUUCGGGCAAGAAAUCUGCACAGCGUUUGGAAAAUGAAAAAUAUGCCUUGCGAUUGGUUUCCGAAUGUAAUGCCACACUUUGCAAUUUAACGGAAGCUGUAGCGGCGGCACUGAAAUUUAAAAAUACCAGACCCUGGUGUUGGAAUAGUCAAUUGCGUAUUGGCACAAAAAUUGUCAUCAACAUAUCGGGGGUGAUUACCACUAAAGAUGAAACUACCAUAAAAUUGAAAAAAGUUUGGAAUGAACCGGAUGAAGUUCUCAGACGUGAAUGGGGUUAUUUUAUGAAAGGUAAAGAAAUCGAUGUUGAUAUUGAAGAGUUAAUGGAUGGUUAUAUGUUGGGUGGCUCGGCUAUACCUUAUGAUGACAGUAUGGAUGAUGAUAAAUUGAAAUUGGAUCCGGGUUUAACUUUUAUCGGUUUCAUGGAACGUAAACAUGUCCAUAAUAAAUAUUUUGCUGGAGAUUCGACGUACUUAAUAUUGCAUCGUCGUGGCAUGAAAUCUUCGGCUCAAAGAUUAGAUGCUUUGGUGCGAGCUCUUCUAGAUACGGAACGGGUUAUAUUCUGCUGGAAAGUCUUUGGGGCCAAAAGUAAACCACGUAUGGUUGUACUUAUGCCAAAUGAGUUAGAAGAUAAUUUCCCAGCCAGCUUGAAUAUGAUGGAAAUGGCACAUCAUUCUCAGUAUCAUUUCUUUGAGUUUCCCCGGCUGCGCUCCGAACGCACAGAAUGCUCUGAGGAUCAAUUAAAUGCCAUUGAUAAUCUAAUCGAUAGCAUGGAUUUAACAUUGAAAACCCAAGAUUCCGAGACGCCACGUAAGACAUACGAAAAAAAUGCCCUGCCGUUUUGCCAUUUGCCACAUAUAUUUGAGCAUAAUUUCAUGGAUUUAUUGGAACGUAAAAUCCUGUGCAAGGCCGGUGAAGAUGAUGAACAAUUCCAGGAAAUGUUAAAAGAUAAAAAUUUUGUUGAAGCCUUUUGGAAGCUACCCGAAGCCAUUGAAGAACAGGCUAAAAAUGCCGCUAAACGCGUAAAAAAACUAUUCCCGCUUGAAGUAAGCGAUGAAUGGUUGAAAAAAGCCAAGGCUUCCCAGGCCAAAGAGGUGACCAAACAAGAGGCCGGGGCAAAGACAAAAGAAGAAAAUAAUAACAUCAAAUUAUCCUUUGAUAAAGUGGGCAAAACAAAUCCAGCCGAGGACUUUGAAAAGCUGUUAAAGGCCCAUGUAUUUCCCAUACAAGAUAGUACACAACGUGAUCUAAAAUUCAAUCAUUAUGCCCUGCAAUUGCGUUCGGUUGUCAAGAAUUUAAUAUGUCAAACGGAAUCGAUGACACCACAAGAUUUUGAAAAAAUCACUGCCGCCCUUUCCGUUUACCGUAAGCGGGUUUUCAUUUUUAAUGCAUUCGAGGAAUAUAACAAAUGGAUUAGCAGCAUAAAAUCCGAAGUUGUCAAUCGUCAUUUGUCGGUCUUUUGGCAUAAAGUUGUUGUCAAACACGAGCUGGGCUUGUGUUUCAUUGGUGAACCCUCACUGGAUGAACAAAUGAAGGAAAAAGAUUUCUAUAGUCUUGAAUUCAGCGCCGAUUUGGAACCAAAAGUGGCGCUAUCUCAGCAGGAGAUGGAAAUGAAUGACACAGAAGUCGAUGAUAUGUUGGCCUGUAUGGAUGCAUAAAAUGUCUACAUAGGGUUUUCUAUUAAAAUAUAUAUUGUUUUGUAAUAUAACCUAUUAAUAAAAAUGUUUUGAAAUUUUUAA